ACGACACUCACGCCAGCAUGUCGUUUAUGGGCUUCUUCGGAGGCAUGGACCUCGACAAGCCCUUUUACAAGUCCCGCAUGUUCAUUGGCGGCACCGUCGCCUGUAUUGCCCUCCUUGGCGUUGAGUACUAUAUGGACAACUACGGGCCCAAGCGACUGACCCCCUCAGAGAGGGCUCGAGUUGAAGAGGAGGAGUGGGCCGAGGAGGAGGCGAGACUGGAGCGGCUCAAGGCCCGCGAUCCUAACCUGAGGAACUACCUCAACCAGAUGUCUUCGUCCUCACCUGAGGCCACGGCUACCCGCCCGACGCAAAGCAUUCUCAAGGGCGAUGUCGCCCCCAUCCAAGUCCAGGCCGAGUCUACUGAGCCUCAGGCUGCAAGCGGGGCAUCGACGAGCUAG